GGUAGCGAACAGGUUAGUAGGUCUCAGGACGUGGCAGAGCACGCUUCCGCACCACGCGCCCCGCCCCUGCCCUUCCUGGUGUUACUCUGUGCAGGCACCACAUCCUCGGCGGCCGGCACCUGCCCCGCCCUCUUCUCAGCCAGUACUUCCCUCAGGCUUGACGAAGCGUCAGGGCGACUCCCGCACUCACCGCCGCGCCUUCAUGGACGCCCAUGAGACUUAAUCUGAAAGGGGAGUCAUUUUAAUAUCGGAAUCCUGUAAAGUAUUUUGGUCGUGUGGCUCGAUAUCGAAGGAGGCGAGAGGGAGCACAACCCACCCGCCGGCGGGGGCACUUGGCAGGGGCAACGCCAGGGUGUUCCCCGUCGCUAGGGUUUAUUGCGUUGCCUGCCAUCAUUUCCCUUUAGGAUGACGCUCCUCCUACAGCGUAUCAGGAACACCUGACUGUAACCUGCGUCCUCCGCUCACUGUUGCAGCGCAGCGGAUUCCCGGGAAAUAGUGCUUAGAGGUACUCUGAUUGGUGUGUGUGUGUGUGUGUGAGUGUGUGUGUGUGUGUGUGUGUGUGUGUGUGUGUGUGUGUGUGUGUGUGUGUGUGUGUGUGUGUGUGUGUGUGUGUGUGUGUCCCGCCACCGGCCCUCCCCCUCCCACACUCGUCCAGCAGCUCCGCCUCCCCGUCGGCGGCCGCGUGGCCUGAGUAUCCAGGCUGGAGCCACACGGCCGAGGCUCGCGCCGCGGACCGGAGACACAGAGCGGCUCUCCUGGACACUAGCUUGGUCCACACUGCGACUCACCCAUCUGCUGCUGCUGCUGCUGCUGCAGAUCGCGUGUCUCGGCAGGAAGCACAACAACAGGUGGACAUGGGUGCACGUGAGACGUCCCCGCCUCGUGCAGGGAGACACUAAACUGCCUCAUUGGUGCCUGACUGGCAGCGCAGUGCCCAGUGCUUCUGACAGUGCCUGAACAACCCAAGUGCCAUGGAGGAGUCUCCGGCGGAGCGCCUCUCGCCGGUGUCGGCCUACCUGAAGAUGGCCGCCCGUGAACCCAUCCGCCGCCACCACUCUCUCAAGUACAUCUUCAACGGGGAGUCGGUGGGUCAGGGGGCGCGGCCAGGAUCCCGCACCCCGCCCGCCCACUCCGCCCUCCCUCACCUUCUUGGAGACCGAACACGCCACCAUUCCCUCACCAGGCUGAAGGAUCUCACUUCCGGCGCCCUCCUCACUAGGACGCGAGAGGUGGCCUUCACGGUGCCGCCCACUGUGUCCCCACUGUCGCCCCGCCGCGGCCUGGGAGAGUGCUCGCCCCUGACGCCGCGCAGGAUGGGUUCUGGGGACACCACGCCCGUCGGAAGUCAGGCAGGGAGCGAGUACGGUGGAGACUCGCGCGCCACCACGCCGUCCCCUGGGCCCUUCAGAGGCUCCUUCACCGACCUCUCCGCCAUGACUGGUGCUGCGUCUGGACUGGGCGGCAUCAACCCAGAGCUGUACAAGACGGAUGAGCUAGAGGGAGACCUGGACCAGUACCCGGAAGACCACAUAGGGCGUGUGUGGCUGCAGCUGGAAUACCACAGUGAGGCAGAGAAGCUCCUCGUUACUCUCAUCAAGGCCAAGAACCUCCCCAGCCGUCUCAUUGGCUCCAUCAAUUCGUGCGAUCCUUACGUCAGACUCUACCUGAUGCCUGACGAGCGGCGCUACCUGCAGACCAAGAUACGAAAGAAGACUUGUAACCCACGUUUUGAUGAGACGUUUGGCUUCCAGGUCACUGCCAAGGAGCUGGAGGACAGGGCGCUCAAGCUUACCUUCUAUGACGUGGACAGGGACAAGAAGCACCAGGUGAUCGGCCACGUUCUGAUCCUCCUCAAGGAGCUGGGGGAGUGGGAGGGGAAGCGGCUGCUGCGACGCGACCUAGAGCGGGAGGUGAGCCUCAGCCCGCGGGAACUGGGCCAGAUGGAAGUGUCCCUGGGCUACAAUGACAACCUCGAGCGUCUCACUGUAACCGUGGGCGACAGCAUGCAGCUCAAGGUGGAAAAGGAACUUAGACAAGAGAAGAAUGAGUUCCAGGUCAGAAUAUCCCUCAUGCAUCAGGCCAAGGUGGUGAAGACGAAGAAGACAGCAGUGGUGAAGAGCGGAGACUCGCCCUCCUUCAACGAGAGCUUCCACUUCAAGGUCACCCCGGACGCCCUCGACACAACCUCCGUCAGUAUGGUGGUCACCGUUGGGAAGAAGUCAGAUAACGUGGUGGGUCGUGUCCAGAUGGGGUCGUUCAUGUUUGCGCGGGGUCGGGCGCUGGAACACUGGAACCAGAUGUUAGCAAAGAAGCGACAGCAAGUGAAGCAAUGGCACACCCUAUCCUAGACUUCCCUCUCAGCCUUCUUCCUUGUAGCCAUCUAGCUUCCUUUUCUCUCUUCUCUCGUAUCUUUCAUCCACCUUGUUAUUAUUUUUUUAUCGUCUUUUCCUGAUUCGUGUUCUGUCUUUCUUUUACGUUUAUCUCUGCUUGCUUCAUUCCACUUCCGUCGUGUCCUUACAUACUUUUCUCCUGCUCGUUAAAUACCGUUCGUGUCUUUCCAUAUCUUUGUUAUUCUAUCCUUCAAGAUUAUCCAUCCAUCUAUCUAUUUAUCUAUCAUUAUUCAUCUGUUUAUCUAUCUAUCCAUCUAUAUGUGUACCUAUUUGUCUGUCUGUCUGUAUAUCUAUCUUUUUUAUCUGUAUGUUUAUUCAUCUCCUCCUCAGCUGACCACUUCGGAAAGGUCAAAUCUCAUAUCUUCACAUUUCUCGCCAUCACUUAGGUUCCCAAACGCAUCCUCCGCUCCCACCCCUCUCUCUCUCUCUCUCUCUCUCUCUCUCUCUCUCUCUCUCUCUCUCUCUCUCUCUCUCUCUCUCUCUCUCUCUCUUGUGACGUGUCCCUUUAUCUCCUCCGACCUAUUUCCUACACUUCCUAUCUUUCUUUCUCUCCUCUUCCCCUUCCUCUCCUUUCCCUUGCAUUGCUCCCUCACGUCUUUCGUCUCCCUCUACACCUCUCUCCCACUUCUCACCUUCAUGUCUCCCCUCUCCGUCCCUUGUGCCUCAUGCUAUAGUAAAAUACAGUAUAAGUUACCUCCACCAUAACUAAGCUUACCACCCCUAACCCUCUCUCUCUCUCUCUCUCUCUCUCUCUCUCUCUCUCUCUCUCUCUCUCUCUCUCUCUUUCCUUUUUCUCUUUUUGUCAUCGUCGUCGUCGUCCGCUCGAAGCACUUACACACACACACACACACACACACACACACACACACACACACACACACACACACACACACACACUUUUAUCAUUAUCAUCAUCUUAGCUAAUCAAACGUUAUAUGUCUGAAUCUUUUUAUAGUAUGUACUAACUGAUUUCUUAUUCAUUCCGUUUUCUUUCUUUCUUUCAUUUUCCAUCGCUUAUAUUUGUGACUUGUGGCAAGCCAUUAAACAGGUGUCUAUAUUCGAGUAGCUACAGGUUCCCCCGCAAUACUCACCUCUCCUCAGCGAUGGUUCGGCCCAGCAUCCGUGGUCGUUCGUAGCUUUUACUCCAUCAUGCAAUUCUUAUUGAUCUCCGAGACGGUUCUUCCAGCGCCGCCGUGACCCAGAGACUAGAGCGUAGUGAGGCCUGGCCCGUCAAUAUUUAACGAUGCAUGUGACCUUUAAGGACUUACAUAGAAGAACGCUUGGUCCAAUGUGAGGCUUAUCCAACACCGCUGCGUCCCCUCGUACUUGUAAUUUUUCCUCUCGGACGUAUUUUUGUGUGUGGCAUGAGUAUUACCUGUUUUUUUGCGUCAGUACAAAGUUGACUUCAAAGAGUGCAAGGCAAGAAUACUGGGAGUCAUCUUGCCCAGAAUCCAAUUUCAUGAGGAUUUCCGCCACUAUGAUCGGAUCUUCUGCAGGGCCUCGUAUUGCACGCCCUGAGGAGCAUGUGUUUGUUGCGACGACGAAAUGAAAAACAAGGCGAGGCGGCGCCACACAUGUUCCUCAGCGGUGGGCGGAGAGCACCUUUAGUGAACAUGAAAAUUUGAUGAGAGCUUCUUGUAAAUUUCCGUUUUCUUUCUCCCCAGAAUAUAAAUAUCAUACUCUGGGUUUCACUUAGCAUAAACAUGUUGUUACAAAUGUUACGUCUGACCGUUACGGUUCUCGAAACAAUAAGGAGAGGUGUGUCUUCCUGCCUUAUGUAAUUCUGUAGCCUCAUUUCAGAAGACAGUUGUAUAGUCUGAGAGAGAUGAAGUUGUAAAUAAUUCAAUAAAACCAAAUUUCCCUCGGGUAGUUACCUUCCAAAGCAUGCAAUAUUAAUAGAUACGUAACAAAUUUGGAAAGCGGUUUAGUUUGAUUGUAAUUUUAUAGUCUGAGAGAGAUGAAGUUGUAAAUAACUAAAUAAGACCAAACUUCCCUCGGGUAGUUACCUUCCAAAGUAGAUACGUAUUAACUUUGAUAUCAAAUAAAAACGUAACAAAAUUGGAAAGCGGUUUAGUUUGAUUGCAAAUGAUGAUGAUGGCAAUGGAUGUAAUGAUCUGCCUAAAUGUCUCAUUAACUCAGGCAGGAUAUCUGAUCGUUUAGGAAGGGAACGCAUUAGGUAAUCUGCCACAUAUGUAAACAGCCUGCUUUCACUGCUGGAUAACUUAAAUGUGUGCCAUCAACAGUGACGUAUAAUGAAGCAGAGUCUCUAGUCACAAACCAAUCGAUUCCCUGCUAAUUGUCUUUGUUAGAUAACGCCUGUCUGUACACACAAUUCCCUCUCCUUAACUGUUCCACCUACGCUUUGCCACACCUUCCCCUUUUAAUCCCCUCCCAUCCAGCGUCCUACACCCAGACCUUUCCCCUUAGUCACUCUCCCUCCCUCUCCGUCUGUUUUUGCCUUCAUCUUUUAGUUAAAAAAAAAUAUAUGAUUGGUUUUAUUUGCCAUGAGUUUUCGUAUCUUGGUUUUGUCUUCAGGUGUAUAGCUUGCAUUUAUUAACACAAGUGUGCGUGUGAAAGUCGCCAAGUGUUUGAGUUACUCGCUCUUAUCAGUGUAAUCAAUCAUUCAUGCCGCGCUCAUCACCCACAGAGAAACACAUUAGAAUAUAUGUAUAUGUAUAUGAUGCUUUCAUUUGUGAGCGCCCAUGAGAAAAAGAUAAAUAAAUAGAUAAAUAGUGCUCUGCCCCUAAAAUUCUCGUGUAAAGAAAUGUUAAUAUCUCAGUAUAACAGUAUACGAAAAUAUAUAGGAGCGUUGUAAAACUCUCUCUCUCUCUCUCUCUCUCUCUCUCUCUCUCUCUCUCUCUCUCUCUCUCUCUCUCUCUCUC